UCCCAGCAGCAUAAUUUAGUCUGGGCUAAAUAUUUAUAUAGAGGGGAACGACAUCACUUACAACACAUUCAUUCAAGUAAGAGAGAGAACUCUGCGAACUUCUCCCUUGCCAAGUUACAAACCGACUUUUUGAAAGUUUUGCCCAAAGUGUUAUUUUACAACUUUUUCUUUUUUUUACCAUCACCAUGGGCUUUUUGAUUGCUCUUUUCGGUGUGACAGUUGCUUUGAGUCAAAUGUUUGGAAGAUAUCCUGUAAAUGCGGGGAUGUGCUGGCUGCAGCAGAGCCAAGAGCAGCGCUGUGACAUGGUGCUGAUGCGUGGGGUCAGCAGGGAGGAAUGCUGCUCCGGGGGCCGUCUGGACACGGCCUGGUCCAACACCAGUCUGCCUAUCAAUGAGGUCAGCCUGCUGGGCUUCCUGGGAAUCGUGUCCUGCAAACCGUGCAAAGAGACCUGUGAUGGUGUGAACUGCGGCCCAGGAAAGGUGUGUACAUUGAAGACUGGACGUCCUCAGUGUGCGUGCUCUCCCGACUGCACUAACAUCUCCAAAAAGCAUGCUGUGUGUGGCAGCGAUGGGAACUCCUAUCGUGACGAGUGUGCCCUCCUGAUGACCCGCUGUAAGGGACACCCUGAUCUGGAGGUCAUGUACCAGGGAGAAUGCAAAAAGUCGUGCUCCAACGUGGUGUGCCCAGGUACCCACACCUGUGUGACAGAUCAGACUAACAGUGCCCACUGUGUCAUGUGCCGCAUGACCCCCUGCCCAAUACCGCUGAAGUCCGAGGUGCCUAUCUGUGGCAACGACAACAUCACCUACCCCAGCGCCUGCCACCUCCGCAGAGCCACCUGCUUCCUGGGGCGCUCCAUAGGAGUGUUCCAAGAAACGCUCUGGCUUUGGAAGGCAGUGAGGAGAAUUCACUCUAAAGGGACAGUUCUUGUGUGGUCCAACUGGUACUUCAGUCCACCUGGUACUAAAGGUAGCUUAGUCCACGCGGUACGAAGAUUUCCAAGAGAUCACCUUCGAUAGGUGAACCAACGUUGUCCCGCUGUUCACUCACCAAGUUCUGAUUUAUGUUGACUACUUUUUUUUACAAUCACUUAUCCCCUCCAUCCCUACCCCCUGUACAUAGAACAACUAUAUAUUUGAUGUGGGGGAACCUGUUGGAAGUAGCAGUUUAAAUUUAUUCCGAAAGGAAACCAAUACUGGAGUUGUUGAUGCAUGCAGUGUAUGUUAAAUGGAAUUAUUUGCUCAUGAAACUGUGGAGAAAUAUGUAGUGGGCUUUAAGUACAGGAAGAUAUGUGUAUAUUGUAAAUAAAUACCACUACUAUUUAUUGAAGAAGGUAUCAAAUCUGUUCUAUUUAUGUUUUGACCCUGUAUACAAAUCCAUAUAUCAAUAGGUCAGCUAUAUUUAUUGUAUUUUGUUUUAAGGUACAUGUAUUUGAAUGGCAACUGGCAUUCUUUUAUUUUGGAGAGUUGUUUUUAUUUUUGUGUUUUUUUCAUAUCCCUAAAUGAAGUGCCUUGUCCCCUUAAAAGCAGCAUGACAAAAAAAUCAAUUUGUUUGGAUACUGGAUACCACAUUUAGAGGAUGAUAAUAUGGUUUUAAUUCGCUCUAAGCAAAACAGGGCAACUGCUGUCUGUAUUUCAGUGUUUGUUUGGAGGUGAUGAGAGACUUAGCCAAAACAAAAGUGCACAGUAUGUCUCCUCUCACUCUGCUUGCACAGAGAACGACACUGUUUACGUUGGAGCCCAAUCAAAUUUAUAAGCCUCCCACUGAUCACUCAAAUUAACAGUUUAGUUCAGUGUGCAGCAAUUUUAUCAGGCUGUUGGUUCAACUCCAAGCCUUUAUAAUACCUCCCCUGUUGAAGUCUUGGCUUUGUUUAUUUUGUAUGUUUGUGGGUAUUAUGAGUUCAAUAUAAUGCCAUUCGGGUUGUUGAAUACACCUUAAUAUAGUGUAACUGAAAAAUCUGACAAAUGUUGUUAGCCUUAUCAGAUUGAAAAUAUGAUAACAUUUUGUCUGGAAAGACCAAAUGACAUUAAUUUACUCAAAGUUAACUCACCGGAUCCCCAGACUAUGCAGCCGAAUGUAUCUGUUCAACGUUUAAAUGCUAGUGGCCAUUUGAACCAAAUGGGCAGAUAGCUAUUUGCAAAUAGCUAUUGGUUAUUGUGAUGUGAAUGAAUAGUGCUGCAUGCCCAUUUAUUCUAGAUUAUUUAAUAACUUUGGGGAUUUUUACUAAAAACAAAUACUGUUUUUGAACAAUUUAAAGUAGUUUCUUGUAAAUAGAACUCAAUUUCAUGUACCCGUGUACCUACUGUGAAAUUUGAAUGACAAAUGUAUCUACUUAUUUUUGUAUUUUUGUACUGCCAUUUUAUCUCAACAUAAACUAUAGUAUUUGUCA